UUUGAAUCGAUAGAUUUAGAUCGUGGCACGGUCCUGUCUUUUACCGUACGUUCUUUAUCCUUGUGAUCUCUUCCCAUUCAAGUUUCAACUUUGAACUCUCCCACUUCCCGUCACUCUGACAAUCCACAGGCAAAAAUGGAGAAAUCUGGCUAUGGCCGUGACGGUGUGUACAGGUCGCUGAGGCCGCCUUUGGUGCUCCCCAGAGACCCAAACCUCUCGAUGGUCUCGUUCCUCUUCAGAAACUCCGGCUCUUUCUCCGACAAGCCGGCCCUCAUCGACGCUGACUCCGGCGAGAAUUGGACCUUCGCCCAAUUCAAGUCCUUCGUCGCCAAGGUCUCCCACGGCUUGCUCCAACUCGGCAUCAGGAAAAACGACGUUGUCCUCAUCUUCGCCCCCAAUUCGCUCCACUUCCCUCUCUGCUUCUUCGGGAUCAUCGCCGUCGGCGCCGUCGCCUCCACCGUCAAUCCAAUUUACACCGUCUCGGAGCUUUCCAAGCAGAUUAGCGAUUGCAAGCCCAAGAUUAUCGUCACCGUCCCGGAGCUCUGGGACAAGGCUAAAGGCUUUGGUAUUCCCGCUAUAAUUCUGGGUUCUAAACGAUCCGAUUCGAUUAUCUCAACCUCAAGUUCAAAGGUUACCUUCUUCGUUGACUUGGUCGAGAAUUCUUCGACAAAUUUGCCCGAGGUUUCGAUUCGGUCAACCGACACGGCGGUGCUGUUGUAUUCGUCCGGCACGACUGGGACCAGCAAGGGGGUGGUGCUGAGCCACCGAAACUUCAUGGCGGCGGCUCUGAUGGUGACCGCCGAUCAAGACCUCGCCGGCGAGAUGCACAAUGUGUUCUUGUGUGUUUUGCCGAUGUUCCAUGUGUUUGGACUGGCGGUUAUAAUGUAUUCACAGCUGCAGAGGGGCAAUGCCGUGGUUUCUUUGGGGAGGUUCGAUUUCGAGAUGGUUUUGAGGUCUGUUGAGAAGUAUAGGGUGACACAUUUGUGGGUCGUGCCUCCAAUUAUACUUGCUCUGGCUAAGCACGGCGUGGUGAAGAAGUAUGAUUUGACUUCGUUGAAGGCAAUUGGCUCCGGUGCAGCGCCUUUGGGGAAGGAUUUGAUGGUCGAGUGCGCAAAGAAUUUUCCUCAUGCUGUGGUUAUGCAGGGAUAUGGCAUGACAGAAACAUGUGGAAUUGUUUCGGUUGAGCCUGAACAACUGGGGCCUCGACAUUCUGGUUCAGUAGGAGUGCUUGUUCCAGGAGUGGAAGCCCAAAUAGUUGGUGUAGAUACUCUGAAGCCGCUCCCUCCUAAUCAGAUGGGGGAAAUAUGGGUUCGAGGAGCUAAUAUGAUGCAAGGUUAUUAUAAUAAUCCACAUGCCACGAGGCUCACAAUAGAUAAGCAGGGUUGGGUACAUACUGGAGAUCUUGGAUAUUUUGAUGAGGAUGGACAAUUAUAUGUCGUUGACCGAAUUAAAGAGCUGAUCAAGUACAAAGGAUUCCAGGUUGCACCGGCAGAGCUUGAAGGGCUUCUUGUUUCUCACCCUGAAAUAUUAGAUGCUGUUGUCAUUCCGUUUCCUGAUGCUGAAGCUGGCGAGGUCCCAGUUGCAUAUGUUGUCCGCUCCCCCAAUAGUUCGCUGACCGAAGAAGACGUAAAGGGAUUUAUUGCAAACCAGGUUGCACCUUUUAAAAGGCUGCGGAGGGUGAGUUUCAUUAACAGUGUUCCAAAAUCGGCUUCGGGGAAAAUCCUCAGAAGGGAGCUCAUAAGUAAAGUCCGAUCCAAGAUGUAAUUAAGGCUGUGAUGAAUAAAUAAUUGUGGGUUUUGGUCUACAAUGGAGCCAAUGGAGCUUGCUACCUCAACUCUUCCAGACAGACACACGUUCCCCUGAUACAGAUUCAGCGCAUGAAUUGUGUAAUUCAUUAAUAUAUAGAGGGAAGAAGAUUAUUAGAAGAGAACGAACGGUAUUAGACUUGGUUUUUUUCUUUUGAGUUGAUAUUCACUCACUUCAUUUAGGCAUUGUCUCGUUGAUGCUGUGAUGCUGUUGCUUGUAAUGAAUUUCAUAUUGCACCAAAGGGGAAAAGGGUAAACCACUCUCUCUCUCUC